GGCAGAAAAACCGAGUCUCACGAAAGCGAAGAGAUCGCCGGAAAGAAGGAAGAAAAGUGAAAGAAGAAGAAGAAGAUGUGCGAUUGCGAGUGCAGGCCUCUGGGUUUUUUGUUGGGCCUUCCCUUCGCUUUUCUCGCUCUCCUCGUUUCCAUCGUCGGCAUCAUCGUUUGGAUCGUCGGGUUGCUUUUGUCAUGCAUAUGCCCGUGUUGCCUGUGCGUGACGGUAUUGGUGGAGAUAGCGCUGGAACUCAUCAAAGCCCCUCUUCACGUCAUGGAGUGGUUUACUUCAAAGAUCCCUUGUUGAUUUUCCUCUCUUUUUUAUUUUCACAUAUAUAAUUAGAAUUAGGGUUUUUAUUUUAAUUUUCUUUGUUUUUUAUGUACGAGUUUUUAACGGUUUCAUGGGGGGGUUUGAAGUGUGGAUGUGAUGUGGGUUUUCGUUUUCCCUAUCUGGAUUUACUACAUCUGUUGCUGCUGUCUGUAAAAUCCUGAUUCUUUUUUCUUCUUCUUUUGUUUAAUUUAAUAAAUUGAGUAGUUUUUUUC